UCCUCCUUCCUUCUGCUGGGCGCCGGGCGCGGACGGCGGGGCCCCGGCGCUGCCCCGACACUGACCGUGACCAUGGCUACUGAGUCCGACGUCCUACACUUCCAGUUCGAGCAGCAAGGAGACGCGGUCCUUCAGAAGAUGAACCUCCUGCGCCAACAGAAUUUGUUUUGCGAUGUCUCCAUAUGUAUUAAUGACACAGAGUUCCAUGGACACAAGGUCAUCUUUGCCGCCUGCUCCACUUUUAUGCGGGAUCAGUUUUUGCUCAAUCAGUCGAAGCAGGUCAGGAUCACCAUCUUGCAGAGUGCCGAGGUGGGACGGAAGUUGUUGCUCUCUUGCUAUACCGGGGCCCUCGAGGUCAAAAGGAAGGAGCUUUUGAAAUACUUGACUGCUGCGAGUUACCUCCAGAUGGUUCACAUUGUGGAGAAAUGCACCGAAGCUCUGUCCAAGUAUCUGGAAAUCGAUCCAGCCAUGAAGAAUAACAGUCACAGUGCUGAAGCGUGCCAUUCCUCUGACCCGGAAGUAAGGAACGAAGGGGAAAUUUUCGAGAAAGACUGCGAAAUAAUUGAGAUAGCCGAAGAUAGCCCUCUCAACUUGGAGCUGCAGGUUAAACAGGAGAAGUCCAUCGCGCUGCAGCCGGCCCUGCAGAGUUUGGUAUCGGAAAGAAAGGAGAUGAAAAGCCCAGAGAUUUCCGCUGUCGAAAUAGGUUAUAAAGAUGACGAAAUCUGCAUUUUCAGGAUGGAUCCCCUUAGUGCAGCAGGUGUGGAAAGCGGACAGUUUUCACAGCCCUGUACUUCUUCUAAAACCAACCUGUAUUUCCCAGAAACCCAACAUUCCCUGAUAAAUUCUACGGUGGAGAGCAGAGUGACCGAAGUUCCCGGAAAUCACUUUCCGGGACUGGCGGGGGAAAGUACAGAAGGAAACCAGAGUGCAGCAAAUGGGCUCCCGAGCCUAGAGGAGGGGUAUUCGUGGCGACAUCAGUGCCCAAAAUGUCCACGGGGGUUUCUCCACCUGGAAAACUACCUGCGGCAUUUGAAGAUGCACAAACUGUUCUUGUGCUUACAGUGCGGGAAAACGUUCACGCAGAAGAAGAAUCUCAACAGGCACAUCCGCGGUCACAUGGGCAUCAGGCCAUUCCAGUGCUCCGUUUGCUUGAAGACAUUCACGGCCAAAAGUACCCUCCAGGACCACUUGAAUAUCCACAGUGGGGACAGGCCCUACAAAUGUCACUGUUGCGAUAUGGACUUCAAGCACAAGUCCGCCUUGAAAAAGCAUCUUACUUCUGUCCAUAGGAGGACUGGUGGCGACAAGCCAAACCUGGACACCAUUACGAAAGUCAAAAUAGACUAUGAUUAGCAGAACAGCCUGCUGUCUGUCCCCGGAGCCGCUCUGCAGUUCCGGCUGGCAGUCCUUAACAUUGUAACUUUUAUUAAGACUUCUGGAGCUGUUAUGGACAGAACUGACAGAUUUCUAGUCCGUUCCACGUCUCAGCCCCGUAAAUGAUGUGGUUGACUUUCAGGGACAUAAUCUCUGUUGCAGAUGGGGGUGUGAAGGGCAGAACUCUUUAAGCAGUCCCAUUUUUACUGGUAACACGUGAGAAUGACAAAAGAAGAAAUCCAGAACCCCCAUUUUCAGUUGUUAAAGUCACUGCUGAGAGCUGCUUGCUGUUUAAGAGAAAACCAGUGUGCUGUUUGACUUUUCCAGCCUGAAAGCAUUUAGAAACGGUCUGUUUAUUUCAAAGCUUAGCAAUAGUCCAUCAAGAAUAUCUGUGGCCCCUGCGUGCGGACGACUUUAUGAGGUGCAGACAGAAGUGCAGCUGUCUGGUUAAUUGGUUGAUAGUUCAAUGGAAUAGGCUCGUAGUUCACCGGACACGUUUGAAUUCUAGUUCACGUCUGCCACUAUUGCAUUUUAAAAUAACUUCUAGUUUUUUGUUUACAGUAUUCCUUUAGCAUAAAAGACUAGUCCAACACAUUAGGAACGACUGCUCGAUUAGCCCACACUCUCUAGGCUAUUAUCUGUUCAAAGGAUAUAGAGAGAGAGAGAAUCGUGCGAACAAAAUGAAACCCUAAAGCAGGCUACUUUGUUUCAAAAGCCGUAUUUAUCCGAAAGAUAUUCAUUCUGUCCUUUUUGUCUUACUGUAUUUGCCAGUAAACAAUUAAGGCGUUUCCCCUUAGUCUUCCAAUGUUUUAAUAGGGUAUGUGUGUGUUUUUGUACUUUUGGGAAGUCCAGGUCAUGUGUUUACAUGGGGUACUUGAAGAGAUGUGUGUGUCAAUAACACUUAUAGCUUUCCAUAUAUGGCCAUCCCCAUGUCAGGGAUCGAUAGUAAAUGGCAAAUAAUUCCUAUCUGGUGCUUGGAUUUGUCUUCAUGGAGUGACAAAAAAAUAUAUGUAUACAGUAAGUAUAGUGGAAAUAAUUUAUUUUAGAUCCCUUUAUAAUGCUGUGGCCACAUAUUUUAUUACUAUAGGCAGUAUUUCUUCUGUAGCACUUAUGGAAUAUUUUUGAAUUUAUUUCACAUUUCAGCCAUUUGUUGGGUUGAAUCUGAUCUUCUAGCUCAAUAUUUUAAUGAUACAUUUCCUGGAAAAACAUUUUGCAUUUCCACUUAGGAGGGUGGUAAGGAAGAGGAGGGGGUACUCGAGAAGGGGUUAGGUUUAGGCAAUUCUUUGUUUUCAUUUAGAUAUUUGGAAUUGUUAAAAUUAUAGUAAAAGAAUAUCACUAAAAAGAAGUUAUUGUUCCCUAUUGACUCCAUUUCUGAGAACUUAAUCUUAUUGUCAUACCAAUUCCCGUGGACCUGAAAUUGGCACUGGGUAGGCAUUAGAAUAUUUUCUUUUUAGAAAUAGUUUUCUUGUAGUUAGUGAGGAGCAGGAGUGCUUUUACCUUUUCUGGAUAAUUUUUUCUAGUGGUUUAAAUAGUGAAUUGUUUUCCUAGAAAUUGGUGUCAGGUGUAUUGGAUGCUGAGUUGUAAAAUUGGCUUUUUCACAGGUGUGCCUGCCUCUGUUUUAUUUGUGCCUUGUAAGAAUGUUGUGAGACUUUAAUUCGUAACACAUUCUAGAUGUUUGUGUGAAGGGGCCUGCAGGAGUGUUGGAUUUUUAUUAUUUAUUGCUAUUCCAAAACAGAAUUAUCCCAUGAAAACAUCAUGGAGGAGUGUGUGCUUGUGUGAUUUGUCUAUACAGGAAUGGGAAAAAUGGAGUUUCAAGUUUUAGAAAUGCUGGUCAGGUAGGAUUAGGUGUGUAAAGGCUAUAUUUUUUUAUUAUAGUUGUAUGUGAUUCCGACAUGCCCAAGAGAGAUUCCCCAAGGAAAUUAUAUCCUAACCUCAGUAUGUUUUUUAAAAAUUUUGUUGGUUUCUCUGCUGUCGGGUACGACAUUUCGCUUUGUGGGAAAUAAACUGAUAUACAAGCUCUGCUUGUUCUGUUGUACUAUUCACUCAACUGUAACCAAUUGUCAUCUUCAGAGGAAAUAAAUAAAGUGUAGUUUGGAGAAGAGA